AUGUAGUGUUUAUGUGAAUUUAUAAUUUAGCUCAAGGAUAGAACCCAUGAUGAUCGAUACCAACCUUAAUUGAAACCAUAUAGUCAAUCCAACGUAUUGACUCGGGUAGAAAAACCGAAGUGAAUGCAAAUAAAAGGUUAUGGAAAAUUGAAAUAUUAACAUUUCUUUAGCUCCGAUAUAAACAUGGGUCGACCCCGCCUGGGUGAGUAUAUCCGGGCCAUCGACUUCCUGGGUUCGAGCGGGAAGUACGAAGACAGCGAUGAUGACCCGGGCAACAAACUCAUAGAUUACGAGCGCCUCGUGAACAACGAUGAUUCCUUUAACCUUGCCGAACUCAAGGACGGAUUUGCGGCAUUUCGGGAGAAGGUGUGUGUACCGAACUUCCCCGGCCGCCACUCAGGGCCUUACUGGGUCGCUUACUCCACGAUCUGUGUGCUCGAUAGAUUAAAGGGUAGUUUUGAAGAUGACAAUGCAAUGAGAGAGAUCGGGCGACAGCAAUUUGAAACUUGGCUUGCACUCCUUCGUGCACGGCCUUCGUCCGGUCACAUAGAUUUAAUGAGUAAGCUUAACGAUGCCAAAUACAAGGAAUACAUUCAGAGUCUUUCUGGAAAGGAGUUAGGCGAAGUAUUUCAGAAAAUGAAAAUUUCGUAUUCUUACGAUUCCUCCGACACAGACGAUGAAAGGGUGUACGCCGACUUUCUUCAUGACGGCAUCGUGAUGAUAUUUAAAAGUAUAAAUGAGGGUCAGUGUUCCGGUUGCCAGAACGAGUUCCUUGAUUUAUAUGGUUUCUACGAGGGUCUUCUGCCUAAAAUGUCUGAGAUUAUGAGGAGAUAUCUCGGCUACACCAUCCGGGAUAUGAGGAGCGUCUUUCCGGACAAAAACCCAUUCUUGGAUUUGAAAGACAUGCACGUCUACACACAGUACUUAAAGGCUAUCAAAGAGAUGUUGUGUGCAUUCGAUGGCGACAUCAAUGACCUUGAGGUUGAAAACACUUUAAAGUGUAUCCUGAAAGCAGCCAGCAAAGAAAAUUUCAUUUUGGACAUAUACGAAGCUUUAAUUGAUGUGGUUGCAAGUUUUAUAAAACGAGAUUCAGCGCCAGCGAAUGCCGAACGAAUUCUCAAUUUAUUCAGACAAAACCUGUUUAGGUCCUUCCAUGAACAACAUGCCAAGCCGAAUCUGAAGGUGUUUGACGCCACAGUUAACUUUGUAGAAGAUAUUCUAGCUUCUACGAAGCACGAUGGUGAUGCCGAGGAUCGCAAGGAUAAUGAUGUCUCAAAGUGCCUUAAUGAAGCACUCGAAUACUGUGUCUUCAAGUUUUACGACCUGCCUAAGACGAAUGUAGAGGCGUUGUUGAAUCUCUGGAUUGUGCUAUUGAAGACGGAACAGAAGAGCUACGUAUAUAGAGUGUAUGAUAUCGCGGGAAAUGAUGAAUACGCCAAAGUUAUUGUAUGGAAGGAACAUUUGGAACACGCUAAAGCUUUUCUGAAAACAAUUUCGAAAGUGCGUUACCAUGACGAUACCAAGCGUUACUACGGAGAUAUAAUGAAGGCACUUUUAGAAAGCUGGAAAAAGGGGAAAGUACUGGGCAUGUUGCAAAAGGAACUCGUGGACUUUAUAUUCGAUUGUCUGAUGGACGAGUCCUCAGAUAAAGAAGGUCUUGCAGAAGAUGUGGUAGACAAGUUCUUUGUCAUGACAAAAAAGGAUGGUGAUCUCGUUGAUUACAUAUUGGACAAAGCUAUCGCUGCUCUAGAGAAACCGGAUAUGUUUCAAAAUUGGGAACGUGCAACUUCAGCAACAAUCCAGGGAAUACUUAACUGCUGCAUAGAGAUUUACAAGGGAAAUGGGAAGUCUGUCAGUGAUGGUCACCAUGCAAAAUGGUUGUCCCUGAUAGAAGUGAUUUUUAAGGGAGAGGCCGUGGAUGUGGAAACGCUACUGAUUGGAGAUGGAGAGUACGGCACAAUCUACCUCAAUAUAUUUGCAGGCGUCAUAAUGAAAUACAUCAGCUUGAUUAUGAUGACGCCAAGGUUGAAAGAUUGUGGUCUCCUUUACCGGCAAAGUCUUGUACUUGCAAAAGUUGCAGAGGAAAACGACAUGGGCAGCGGGCCAUACCACAUGUUAAAAUAUAUGACCACGUCGGUUCUUGCGCUUUUCGCCACCAAUCCUCUACCAAAUAUGGGAGAUAUGGCGUCUGAAAUUGUCGAUCUGUUCUUGGUCAUGGAAGACUGUUCUCUGAUGGCUUCUGUGAUGCAUAGUGUAUAUCCUCUUAAUCCAAAUGCGAUCCAUGUGCGAAUAGAGGAUUUGAUAGACAGAAUCGAUACAAUAAAGGAAGACCAAGUGUCAACAAUACUAGGAAUUUUAACAAUCGUGGCAACCAAACAUCCAGAGGCGAUUUCCUCGAAAGAUGUUGGUAAACUUUUGGAGAUGGGAUUAUCUUGUACACCAAAUCUGCAUUCAACGUACAUGGCAAUCGUGCUGGUUGUAGCUCGAAAUAACCCUUCGGCAGUGGCUCCACACUUCCAAAAGCUGAAGAACGAUAAAAGAUUUCCCAAGCAAACGAAGACUAUUCGCGUACUCAUUGUUGUCCCCAUUGCUCUGUGUAACGAGAACCUUGGAAGGGAAGGGAUUGAUUUUCUUAUGUCUGUUUUGAGCCCGAAUGACUUGCAAGACGCCCAAGUGAUUGUUUCUCAGCUAUCGCUGCUGGCUAAGAAAGAACAGGAGUACAUUCAGAAGUAUCGACCUGAAAUUGAAAAGUUACAAAGCAAAACAGGCGCUCAUGACCUUAAGCAAAGUUGUGAACAUUUACUUAACGUUAUCGACGGCAAAGGAUUGGAUGAUAUUGUGGAUGCCAUGGAACAACAGCAGAUGGUUGUGACCGAUCUAGAAACAAAGGUUGGAGCAACAAUAAACACUGUUGUGUCGCUCGGCGAUCACGUCCUCAAACAAGGCGAAGAGAUAGCAACUUUAACGACCAACGUUGAUCAAAUUGAUGAGAGAGUCAACGAAGUGGAGACUGACUUGAGUGACACAAAACUUAAAAUCGAAGAGAUAGAUAACAAGACGAUAACAAGUGCACCUAAAUGGUCACGAGAUUUAACAAAGUUGAUGAAUCCAAAAUCAUCGAAUGACUGGCGACUGUUGGCAAGUAGACUAGGCUACAAAAAUGAUGACAUUCGAGCUUGGUCUCAACACCACGAUCCGUGUAUGGGUUUGCUAAGUGAAUGGUACGCUACCCACAAAAUGAGCGAAGCUUCAAAAGGAUUGCUGAAUUCACUUCUGGAAAUGAAUCGGGAAGACGGGGCGAUUAUUGUUGAAAAUGCAAUGAAAGCUGCUGAGGAUGUUGUUGAAGACGAAGACUUUGAGUACCCCAGCCCACCCCCUAUAUUUCUCAGUUAUCAAUGGGGCAUACAAAAUGAAGUAAAAUUAUUAAAACAACACUUGCAAAUGGCGGGGUACGAAUGUUGGAUGGACAUCGGCCAGAUGGGUGGCGGAGACAAGCUCUUCGAGAAAAUAGAUAACGGCAUUCGAGGGGCGAAAGUGAUUGUUAGCUGUACCACGGAAAAGUAUGCAAAGUCGCCAAACUGUAACAGAGAGGUGAAUUUGUCGGUAAACCUCGGAAAACCUAUUAUCCCGUUACUUAUGGAGAAGAUGGCUUGGCCACCAAAGGGUUCCAUGGGUCCAAUAUUCAGCGAGUAUUUAUUCAUACGAUCUUUCCAAAGAAGCGGAGAAGAAACGGAUGACCAACGAUUCUGGCCCGUUGCAAAGUUUCAAGAGCUCCUAAUGCAGCUGAAUUUUUAUGCUGUGCCAAAUGAAAGUCUUAUCUCAAAAGACUACAAAAACUGGUGGAUACCAAUUGUUGAGGAGAUCAAGAUUGACAAAAAGAAAGACGUCAAAUCGUUCGGAGCAGCUUCUAAUCCCAUAGAGGUUAAUUCCAAGGAAUCUCCGGUUGUCUUUUUAUCUUAUCAGUGGGGUCGCCAGACACAGGUUAAAGGCCUAUACGAAUGCUUAACAUCAUUGGGGUAUUCGGUUUGGAUGGAUAUUUUUCAAAUGGGUGGUGGGGAUUCUUUGUAUGACAAAAUUGAUCGAGGAAUAAGAGGCUGCAAGGUCGUAGUAUCCUGUGUCACUCCAAAGUAUGCUCUUUCGGCUAACUGUAGACGCGAAAUGAGUUUAGCUGAUGCACUGAAGAAACCGAUUAUUCCGCUUUUGUUGGAACAAACGAAGUGGCCCCCAGACGGCCCCAUGAGUAUGGUUUUCACAGAACUACUUUUUAUUAACGUGUACAGAGAUGAAAAUAUCCAGAAAACAUGGACUGGACCAAAAAUUGAAGAACUUGUCUCUAAAUUAAAAGAGCACGUUCAAGUUAAGGAAUUUGGCACACAAUCAGAUAAGAAAGAAGUGAAGUCUACCUCAAAUGAAUCAGCACACGAGAGUCAACCCAUAAAGCCGAUAGAACAGAAUGCUAAGAAUGAAAUCGAGAAGACGCCAAACACAGCGAGUAAAGCCAGCACUGAAGAUAAGAAGCAGGUAACAGAGAAUGCCGAAACUGAAACCCCGAUCCCGGGGAAACAGAUUACAUCUGUAGAACCGUUGAAACAAAAUGCACCAGUAGUUGAGAAAAAAGCUGGAACAGAGAGCAAAAUUGUGGUCAAAAAGUCGGAAAGUAAAUUACCGCCUUCAACACAGAAGUCCUCGUCUUGCAGCCUUCUUUGAAAACAAACUUUUAACAGGUCAUGCAUAAAAACAUAACACCAAACCGCUAAAUUUCUCGUCUUCUUAUGUAACAAACGGUUAAAGUCACAACUAUUGUACGAAAUCUCUUCAUUUGCAAGUUGAUGACAGAGCUCGGUUUCAUAUACCAAGCUAGUUUUCAUUAUGUGCUGGUCAAAACAUAUAUUCACUAAAUAAUUAAUAAACUAGAAUUUAUAUUAAAACUAUCUUGUAUUUUAAUAUUUAAAUUUGUGAACAAGAAAUAAAAUUAAUUGGACCAAGCCACUACAGUUAUGGUUGGCAUGACUAAACACAUACUUAAUUUGUAAUGUUAUAUGUACAAGUUUUCUCCGAGGCCGGCUCAAAAUAUAGCUUUGCUCUAUGUGUUUGAUUAAUAACAAAUAAAGAAGGGUAUAUACUUAUGCAUAAGUAAGUAACACGACCUAUCAUUGUUACAUCUAAAGCCUCAUAUUAAUAGCAUUAUUUUAAUUACAAUGUACUUCCAUUUGUUUAUUUGAUUUAGAUAAAUAGUCGUCUUUUAUCUCUCUUUUCAGCUUUCGUCACGCAUAUUUUGUAUGCUUAAUCCUAAAACAUGUAACCUUACUUAGAUAACUAUAAAGCAAGGACGAAUUUUUGUUAAGGCACACAAUUCUGUACGUAAUAUGCAUAAACAGCUAUUUGUUUUAUACUAGUUUUUUUUUAAAUAUAACACGGGUAUGUUAUUCCUUGCUCAUCGGGUAUUGGUGGUAGUAGACCGAACACUUAAUAAAUGUUAUAAUAAAUGUUCAUUUACCUUAAAAUAUUCGUUGACAUAUGAUAUAAAUGUUCAAAUAUUUCGGGUUAAACCAACUGGUUAAAUCCCCUAAUGAAUUCUUGCUUAGUUUCUUAAAUAGUAUUUAUUGCUUUUUGUUGAACUAAGUUUCUUUUCUAAAAAAUUGCUCUUAUUUGCAUACUUGCGUUAAUUAUUUGGUUUAUGUAUUUGUCUGCACACGUAGAGAAAAAGCUCAACGAUGUUGAUGGUAGUUAAUCUUCUUGUGAUUCCAAAAUCAUUGAUCUUAAUAAAAGUCGAGCAUGAGGUUGUUGCAAAGUACUCGAUUUGACACAAGGAGGAUCAUAAUAUGAAAAUUUGGUGGCCAAGUUUUACUUAAACUACUGGUGUUUACUAAAUGUGUGUGCAUGCGCGUUUGUUUGUGUAACUGUCGCAAUAUAUGUGUACUCGCACUGUU